UGGCGAACGGAAAUAUAAUAAGAUCUGAUCCUGAUUCCUGAUCUGAGGAAGAGGAACCGUUCGACCAAGUAAUCAAGUGAUCAAGUUAAUCGACUGUUCAGAGGGACUCAAACAUUCAACUAGGCCUAUUAAUUUACCUGAGCAUUCAGCUUAUCUUUGUUUCCCUACAUACCGUAGCCUAUUUCUAAUGAAAGAAAGCCACAGUAAAACAGCUUAAAUCAAUGAUGCCUACCAUUAAAGAACCAAUCCAGGUGUAUUGCCGUUUGAGACCGCUGAAUGACAAUGAGGUACCUUGCCUUAAAGUUGUGUCUCCGUGUACAGUUCAGAUGUCACCGCCUGAAAAUGCUGUAAACUAUCAAAAUGGUUAUGUCAAAGAAACACAGUACACUUUUAGCUACGUUUUUGAUAGUGAUGCCCCUCAAAAGACAGUUUUCAACAAUGUUGCUCUUCCUUUGGUUGAUGGAGUCUUACAUGGUAAAAAUGGACUGUUGUUCACUUAUGGAAUCACCGGCAGUGGUAAAACAUUCACUAUGACUGGAACACCAAGAGAAUCAGGUAUCAUGCCCAGAGCAUUGGAUGCAAUUUUCAACAGCAUUGGCCAUCUACAAGCCAAGAAGUAUGUGUUCAAACCUGACAGACUCAACGGUUUUGAGGUCCAAAGUGAUGAGGACGCAAAAAUGGAUGGCAUCAAUGAAAUCCAUUCACAAGUGUUGUCAUCUAAAACUCCAAGGAAAUUUAAUAGACAGGAGAGUGAGUGGGCCAAUAGGAUUGCAGAGGAGGUUAAAAUAGAAGAUGUUCAUGAAGACAACAUGUACGCUGUGUUUGUAACUUACAUCGAGAUCUACAACAAUUCUGUAUUUGAUCUUUUGGAUGAUAACUUUGAAGAAUUCUCUAGGGGCAGAGGUCCACAGAGCAAAUUGGUCCGGGAAGACGGAGCCAAAAACAUGUAUGUCCACGGGGUUACAGAGGUGGAGGUGAAGAGCACAGAUGAAGCUUUUGAGGUGUUCAACAAGGGCCUGCGGCGGCGGCGAAUGGCACACAACACGCUGAAUGCCGAGUCUAGCCGCAGUCACUCGGUGUUCACUGUGCGGGUGGUCCAGGCGCCGCUGGACGCGUGUGGGGAGACUGUGAUGCAGGACAAGCGUAGGAUCAAUGUCAGUCAGCUGUCUUUUGUGGACCUGGCUGGCAGUGAGCGCAUGAACCGAACCAACACCACAGGGCAGCGGCUCAGGGAGGCUGGAAACAUUAACAACUCAUUGAUGACUCUACGCACUUGCCUGGAGAUAUUACGAGAGAACCAAGCCAAUGGCACAAACAAGCUGGUACCAUACAGAGACUCCAAGCUGACUCAUCUGUUCAAAAACUUCUUUGACGGCGAGUGCAUCGUACGUGUCAUCGUGUGUGUCAACCCUAGAUCAGACGACUAUGACGAGAACAUUCACGUGAUGAAGUUCUCUGAGAUGAGCCAGGAAGUGCAAGUGGUCAAGCCGACACCUCUGCGGAAUAUUGACAACUUGCCAGCUGGCCGACGAAGGGCAAACCAGAUUUUCAAACGUGCAAUGGCUAAUCUAAAUGAAGCCAACAACGAGAACAUUCCUAUUGAUGUGGGUGUGAAUGCUGUCUACAGCCUAGCCUCCCAGUUCCCUGACCUCUGCCUGGUGGGGCCCGAGGACGACCGACUGUUAAAGAACCUGAUGACAUUCCUGGAAGUUGAAAUAGCAAGAAAGAAAAAGAUGGAUGUUGAACUUGAAACCAAAGUAAUGGAUUUCCGUAACGUGCUGAUGAAGAGUGAGGAAGAGUUAUUGAUACUUACUCAUAAAAGCAGUUUACUCUCCUCCGAAGUUGGAACUUAUAAAGAAAAGGUUGCCAAUCUGGAAUCACAACUUGUCAAGAAGGAAGUAGAACUUGCCUCGCUGAAGAAGCAAAACUCUGGUUAUGAGAGGGUCAUCAAGAGAUUGCAAGAGGAUCUUCACGAGAAAGACGCAGCUCUUAACAAAAGACUUCAGGACAGGGAGAGGGAAAAACAGAGGUAUCAGUCCAAGAUUGCACAGACUGCUGAGAAACUCAACCAGCAAAUGGACAAGAAACUCACUGAUCACAAGAGGAAGAUAGAGAUGGAGAUGAAGAGCAAAGAUCGCAAGUUGCAGCAGGUGAAGCGUAUCUUGUCAGACGAGUCUUUGAACACUCCCACCCCUCGGUCACUGGACACUCCCAGUGCAUACAAUAUACGGACACCCUCAACUGACUGUAUCACCACCCCUUCCAGUGUCACGGUCCGCAAACGGGCUGCUAUGUACAACACUCCAGCUCCUGCGACUCACACCAGAACACCAGCAGUCAGCAACCCACGCUUCCGCAGGUCCAGGUCAGUAGGAGAGGAAAGGUGGCUGGAACACAGACCUCGUGCUCCUGUACCUCUCAACACUGUACUGCAACCUCGUCUGCCUCGCCGCAAGAGUAUUACACGUCUGACUGACCCAAGUGAUCUCAACAACAAGGAGAAGUAUUGUCUGAUGACACAGGAGCAGGACAGUGACGGGGAUCUGGAGACCUGCCUUUAUAAGGGUGACGUUGUCCCCACUUGCAGUGGCGGCACUCAGGUGAUUUUGAACGAUGUCGAAAUUUUAAAACAAAAGUCACCCUCCAACUCUCCUACUCGUAAACGUAGUGGCAACUAUGUUGAGGAGAACAUGCAGGACAAGUGUUUUAUAUCCAUUGAAGGCCACGCCAAGCGGUCCAAACACUAGGCUCUCACCAAGUGAUAAGUCUCGUUCUUACAAUGUAUCAGGUUUAUACUCCUUCCAAUCUCAUUAUGUAAUUUAAUGUUUUGUUGUAUUAGUCCUUUGAAUUAUAUAUUUAACACCACAAAGGCCUAAUCAAACUGGUUAAGGGCAAGUACAACUUGUAACAGUAUUUUUACUAUUAGUAUUAACAUUCGCUUUUUACUUAGGAUUCACUGUUUUGUUAUAUAUAUUGCUCUCUAAUUGUGAAAUGUAAUAAUUCUGUGAUUUAAUUAUAUGACAUUGUUUUUGCUAUAUGGAACAAAUUUGAAAUAUUUAUUUUUUUUAGUGUGUAACUUAGUUUAGUAAUAAAUUAAUAGAUCUAGUGUAAACUAAAGUGUACAUGGUUUUAUAAUGCAUAGUUACCCUACAAAUACGGGGACAAUACAUUUUUAAAUGACAAAAGUAACUCAAAAGUCUCAUACUAUUGGAUAUGUAUAAACAUCAUAGUUACAAUUUAUUUAACAAAUUAUUUUUUGCUUUAGUUGUAAUCCACAUUGUAGUAGUUGUCUUGAGAACAUUUCCUAUUAGGUAAAUACAUUUAAUUUGCCAGCACAUUGUCUGUUAUUUAUUUGAAUGUGCAUUGUGCACCCCUUUCAUUCAUUUACUAACUAAUUGAAGUUUAUAAAUUCAAAUUUACACCAUUGUCAUUUAAAACAGCAGUGUCUGAGUCGGCACAUAGCAGUUAAAUCAUGUUCUUAUUCUUACCUUAAAAUAUAAAAAUAAUAUUAAAUUAGUUCUUUAAUGUAGUCUAAGUUACUUCAAGAAAUGCUUGACUGAGAUAAAAAAAAAAUAAAUGGAGAACAAAAUAGGGGAUAGAAUUUGUUCAUUUAGCAAAUUUAUAUUACUAACUUAUAAUUAAAUAAUAAACACUGUUUUAAUUUAUGAAUAUUAGGUACACUGAAGUUCCGUUUAGUAGCAUAAAAUUUAACAAAAUAUAGUUUUUGUUUAACAGAACAUUUAACUUUGUUACUAAGAAAUGUGAAAUGUGAUGUAGAUACAAGUAAGCAUGAACAGAGUUCACUGAAAUGCCAAUAGUAAAUUGAUGUAAAAUUAUUCUUAGAUAUUUACAUGUUUGAAAAUUUAAAACUAAAUAUAUCCUGGAGUUUUUGUAAAGUACUAUGUAUUUAAUAUUUCGGGCCUAUUCAUGACAUGCAUUUUAGUCCCAUGACAAUCGGAAGUAUAAACGAUUAAGACUGAGACUAGAAUAAAAAACUAAUAUCUGAAUCUCAUAACCCUUGCAAGGCUGCUUGGGAUCUGGUUAUUUCUAGGAAGGGUAGGAAGGAUUCUCCUUUUUCCAAUAUAUCUCCAGGCGAUUUUAACUCAUUUUUCAAAGAGUCAGUCGAUCAGAUAAUUUAACCUAUCUUAAGUUUAGUAUUACCAGUAGUAAAAUUUGAGUUAUAACUCAAUUUGGACAUUAUUUGAUGACUGUAGCUAAUGAAGUUCCUAAAGAUUUGCAGAACUCUUAGGUUUUUGUAAAAACUGCUUGCUAAAGCACACACUAUUCCUAUGAAUUCCUUUCUGAGUGAUAGUGUUAAAACAGUUCACAUUUGGUGUUAUCAGGUAGAACUUUAGGGGAACAAUAAUUGUAAUUCUAGUGCUAGCAACCAAACAAGUAGUAUAAUUAUUAACAUAUUUUUUAUAUUGAUAUUAUUGAUAACAUUUAAUAGCCUAAAUAAUGUCAUUUUUUUGUAACCAACUCUACGUCAAAUAAAAAAAAUACAAAUUGUUGUGUAGGCCUAAUUCAAACUUAAUUCAUGCCAUGAAUUCUGGUAUUUUUGUAUGUUUUGAAAGGCUUACUCUUUGAUAAUAUCCUUAAAAAUUCAUAGAUUGAAUGAUGUAACUAUAAAAACAUGAGUCCUCAUUUUAAAGUGAUAACAGAGCAUGUUGUACGUGUUAUUUGUUAUAGUUGAUAGUAGUAAUGUUAUGUUUAUAUUUAAUAUUAU